AUGGCUACUCUACCUCGAUUGGAUAUGUCGUGUUCUUCUGUUAACACAACUAAUACUACCACUACUACUAUGAAUAACCACUUAGUAAGAGUGGUGGAGAGUGAGGAAAUGACAAGUAGAUCACCAAGUGCCAUUCAGGAACAACUCAAACUCUAUCAUUCAAUAGAGGCAAUUGUAGAGUUGAACGAUGACUGUAUUGAAGUUCUGAAGGAAUAUCUCAAGAGAAGAAAGAAUGAAGAAAUGCUUUCUUGUCUACAACAUAUUGCUCUGAUAAGAAAUAGUUAUUCGAAUAAUACACAAAAGAGAGCUUCUCCAACUACAUCGAGUCCACCUUCACCAUCUACUUCCUCAUCUCCUUUUGGAUUAUUCAAAGCGAAUAGACCACAAAUUACCUCUCCUACAUCAAGUUUAGAACUUGGUGAAAUUGCCUCCCUCAAAGUGAAACAGUUCCAAAACUUUUACAAUACUUUCAUCGACAUGGAAAGUAAAACCUGUGUAAAUUUACCAAGUGCUAUUAGACAAUUAGCACAAUCUGUAUAUCAAUCAUCCACCUCCUUCUCACCAUCCAGAAAGGAAAAUAUUUCACAUCUUACAACAAUAGAAUCCAUCGAUAGAUGUAUGGAGAAAAUAGAUUUAGCACUGAAAAUGCAAUUCAAUAAUGAAAUUAUGCCAACCUUCAAAAAGACACCUGAAUUUAUAACCUUCCUUCUUACACGAGUGAUUGAAUUGAGUAAUGAAUCAUCACCAGUGGUUUCCAUUCAGACCUCUAAACCACCAACCUAUCUCGUAGAAGACAUGUUGAAUGCCAAUGAAAUGGGAGAAUAUGUGAAAGUCUUCGCCAAGAAGAAGUUGAUCACUGUAGACCAGCUUAAAAACUUUACCACUGAUGAUUAUCGGGAUAAAUUCAAUAUUAAGAAGAUUGGCCAUCUGAAGAGAAUUUCACGACUUGUAAAUGAAUAUUGUACAAAUAACAACCUGUAA